UCAAACUGUCGCGUUAUUUAAACACUCGCUGAUUAUAACUUGUACCGAUUAGAUCGUUUUUUUUCGAGUCUUCUCAGAGAGAUACUUAUGAUAUCGUGUCGAUUCAAUUUUGGUGUCUGAGCUUAGUUUGGAUCAUAUAAAACUGCAGCGUUAUCGACCAUGAGGACGUCUGAUUUGGCCUUAUUGCUGUUGUUGUUGCUGUGCUUCGUGACAGAAGAGCGCGUGCUGUCGAGGAUCGUUACUCCCGAUCAGCUUAUGGUGGAGUCCCGGGAUAAUGGUGUUAACGAUAAACCAGUUUGUACGCCUGGUAACUGCACGAAAUGCUGGGUUUACGAAACCAUUCAAGUGUGCCUAAUCGCUUCCAUCACCACGGUUGAUGUCAUUCACAUCGCCCUGGUGGCGCCCGUAGCGAGCGGCGACUGGAUAAUUGUACAGGGUGACGUCACAGCCGCCUCCCACGUCCCUCUUUGUGUAACGGACGUUCCUGGUGCAGACUUCGAGAAGGUCUGUUUGAUCCCUUACAACGUUGACAUGGACAGCUUCGCGUUUUGCCUGAACAUCACCCUAACGCAACACAAUAUAACGUUUUUGUAUGACAACACAUGUUACAAGAUACCACCUAACCCUACACACAUUGAAGGAUAUAACAAGAACGGUGGCGCCUUGGAGUUCGACGCAGAAAACGUAGACGCCACUGAGGAGGAGAAUUACGGAGAGUACGACGUCGAAACUGAGGGCGAUGACGUAAAUGAGUUCGAUGACGCAACAUCCGUCGCUGACGCCAUCAGUGACGACAAGAAAAUGGAUGACGAGACAUUACGAUUCGGGACACGUUAACAAUAUCAAUUAGGCCUACUUUACUUUACAAGUUAUUGUACUUCUUGCACUUAGAAUUGUAAUUAUAGCUCUUCAUUACUGUAAAGUAUUGGUUACGUUUUGUCAAUUUACAACUAUUUUAAACCUCGCCUUGCAUUAAUGCAAAUUAUGCGCUCUGCAUUAUGUGGUAUGCAUAUAAAGUGUGCAUGAUCAAGUUACUUUAUGGGGUUCACAAACGGAUGUUAAUUGAUUCAAACACACCGGUAAGUGGUGCUUAUUUCAAAUAAUGUUAAAACAUUAUUUUUUCUGAAAAGUUUCAACUAGUGCAUAAAAUACAGUUUUUAUUCGGCGUAUGGCAAUGUAGAAAACAUCGGAAUAAAUUUGUUUUAUAAGACGGUGUUCUUGGCCAAAAAUUCGAUGUGUAAUGAAUUCCUAUACCCAGUUGUGCUGCUUGCAACGUGAUAUGUUGACACCAAUUUCAGACGUAUUCAAUGGUGUAUUCUAAAAUGCAAACGUAUUUCAAUCAUUUGCGAUAUUUGCAAAAAUUAAGUUCUUUACUGUGUUUUUUUUUCAUUCUGUCCAGCCCGUGUGUAAACCCCAUGUGAACCAGCCCGUGUGUAAACCCCAUGUGAACCAGCCCGUGUGUAAACCCCAUGUGAACCAGCCCAUGUGUAAACCCCAUGUGAACCACGUUGAUCCUGCACCCUGGUAUACAUUGUAUAUAUAAACACACGUACCACAUGGUGGUAAGAUCGAAAUGCCUCUGUCUGUCAAAGCUUGAUUUUUAAACAAAAUAUACUAUUAUUAUACCACAUUUUGCCUCCAGUUGUUGUUUAACAUAAUAAGUGACUUUUGUAUGCAGUACCUACCAUUACGAGUCGACGAAACGUUUGCAGUCGAGUUGUUAUUGUGUUAAUUAUCAACACGCGAUCAGCAAUUAAAGAUAAAAUCCACCAACAGCGGCCCUAUUAAAAGCUAUUUCAGAUCCUCUUGGAGUUCCUGGAUCGCUUUACGAAAACAGGUGUGUGAUCCGUCAAUGGCGUUUGACGUUUGUGUUCGCUCGUUUCUAAUUGAAAAUAAAAACAACGAGAAAACAUGUCCUCAAUAUCUAUCUUGCAACAAUUUCAUUCCGAUUUUAAAUGUUGACUGCGUCCUACAACUCACAUUUAGUACGAAAUUGUGUAUAUGAUAUUUAAAGCGUGAAUGAUUGAUUACAGUUUCACGGACAUUUUUUAAAAUACAAUACUUUUUUGCGCGUUUUUGCGCGUUCACAAUGUAUAUAAGAAAAUGAUAAUAACGAUAAUGAGUGUAUAUGUAUUACAGCUAAAUUUCCAAACUGCACAUUAGUCCCCGCCUUCCCGUGUUUUUUUUCAAUUCAUGGUUAUGAAUGUAUUAGUAUACACAAUGUAACUUCAAAAUAAUAUCACACAUGUUACUGAAUCGUUUACUGCUUAUGUUGUUCUUCUUGUUAUGUUGCCAUGUAUUUCUUUUUCAAAUAUAUUGUUUUGGCAUUUUAUAUAUCGUCAUAUUUCUCCAUUUUAGCUCAUAAUCAUCUACCAUAGUAACGAUAAUAAACGAGUGUUGUCA